UGAAGACGACAAUAACGACCGUAUGAUAUCGAGUAACUUGAGUGAAGACGAAUUUUGCUUCAGUGGAUCGAGCACUACGUUCUACAAUUCGCUACUUCGGUCGUCUAGCGAUGGAAUAUACGAAUUGAAUGUUUCUGGGUUGAUUUUCCUCUAUUCGGACAAUUUUAUGGCACGACCAGGCCAGUCAUGUUCUAAGCUAACUCAGAUCUUUCUAGGAACGUAUUCAUUUACACCAACGCUUCCACCUAAACCGCACUAAAUAAGUCUUCUCGCGUAAUUCAUAACUGCAUGUAUUCUGUAG